AUGGAAUUAAUCACACAGAACAUAUCGAUAAUAUCACUAACCAUCCAGACUCAACCUACAAAAGCACAAUCGCUCAAGCCUUACGGUCAAGCUAUUCCUUUCGUCCUCACGGGGAAAGAUCGAUAUCAUUUCCAGCCCAAUCAGCGAGAUACCAAAGACGAGUUGAUAGGUAUCUCGUUCUACUCAUACUCCAAUGAGAAACGACAUGCAUCAAUAUCCAUCCGAAUAGCACCAGAUAGAAAAUUACGCAGGAGGGGAUGGGAGAGGUUGAAGUUGAGUAGUGAGGGAAAAGGGUUUUCAGCAUAUAGGCUUUAUACCAAUCAAGGUGAUGGGACGACUAGAGAUAUAGUGAUUAUAUAUGAGAAACCCGAUACAGCCAACUUUCUCUCUCGUAUAUCAGACGAUACGCAUCUUGGCGAGAUCACUCUACCUGGGACACAUGAGUCUUGUGCUCUAUAUGGGUAUCCGAUAUCACAAUGUCAACAACCGAGUACUCCUAUCGAACAGCAAUUACUUGAUGGAGUAAGGUUUCUAGAUGUGAGAUUGAGGGUGGUAGGAGACGAGCUGUUGAUGUAUCACGGUCCUCGUCCGCAACGAUCUACUCUCACUGCCCUACUUACAGUCCUCCACCAAUUCCUCCAAACCCACCCAACAGAAACUCUCAUCUUAUCCAUCAAAGAGGAGACUCCACCAUGGCAUCCUCAUUUCUCCCAAAUCUUGUACAAAGCCUUCGAGCCAUUUUUAGAUAAGUGGUUCUUAGAGGAACGUAUACCCACCUUGGGGGAAGUAAGGGGGAAAGGGUUGUUGUUAACUAGGUUUGAUAGGGAUAAAGAUGGGAAUGGUAAAUGGGAGCAGGGGAUGGGUAUACAUCCUUAUACGUGGCCUGAUUCACGGAAAGAAGGAUUUGAAUGGAACUGCCAUGGAACGAAAAUAAGAACUCAGGAUUGGUAUCGUGUACAUACUUUUCUAGAGAUACCGGAAAAGUUCGACGCAAUUACGACCCAUCUCACACCUACUCUCACCCCACCACAAUCCCCAACAUUCACACUCUCUUUCCUGACAGCUUCGUACUUCCCCUUAUCCCUCCCAACAAUCAUCGCAAAAGGAUUUGGCCUCCCAUCUUGGGGAUUAGGAGUGGAAGGUAUAAAUUCGAGAAUGUGCAAAUGGCUGUUGGAACGUAUGUCAAAUGGCGAGAGAAUCAGGGCCUGUUUACCUAUUGAUUUUUAUAGACAGUGUGCGGGUGAUGAGGGAUUGGCAGAGUUGCUGGUUCAGAUGAAUCUGAUGGGAGGAUAA